ACAUAUGGUCACGCUCAGAAGAUUCGUGCGGCGAUGAGCCACAAGUUUGGGAGGGAGUGCAAGCUGGGAUGCCAGACAUGGGAGGAGCGUGAUGGUCAGUGUUCAGGAAACCCCUCACUUUCUCUUGUCGUUUCGCAAUAUAUGAUCAGUCUUCGUCGUCGGAAGGUUCGGGAGGGCGAAGUUGUAACCAGUGCGCGAGCGAUUGAUGAGGAAACAAUUCGCCAGAUGUACGCCUUCAAUCAGUCAUUCACCGAGGCUGAAUACGGGCCCAAGAAACGAAAGCAGGCGUCAUCAGAUCAAUGGGCGGGUAAAGAUUUACGCAUCAUGCUUCAUGCCCUCUACGUGAUUGCAUUCCACUGCCUCCUCCGAUUUGAUGAGGCUCUGCGAAUUGAGUGGCACUGGAUUGAGUGGCAAGAGUACAGUCCAGGUAAGGUGCGCCUGAAAGUAAAGCUGCCGUUCCGUAAGACUCAUCAAACUGGUGGAAUAGCCCCAUUCUAUCUCUAUACAAACCAGGCAAAACCCCACCUUUGUCCGGUAAAGGCCGUGGCAGAGUGGCUGCUGGUCACUCAUCGCUAUAAUCCGAGUCUCAAAGGGUUCGUCUUCAAGCGAAAGGUCGGGAAUAAGUUUAGUGAGAACAUCGAGCAUCAGAUGUCGCCCGGGUCGUUCAUGGAAUGCUUCCGCAAUAACCUUGUCGAUAUCGGAGUUGACCCACGCCCCUAUGGAACACAUUCGUUUCGACGCGGUGGCGCUCAGCACCUUGUGAAAGUUCGCCGUUGGCCGAUUCCACAGGUCUGUUCAUGGGGCGGAUGGUCCGAUAAUGGAGACAUGGCAACAUUAUUCAAGUAUCUGCUUUCGUGGAAUGAUGACUUAAUGGAGCGGGAGGACUACUUUAAUCCAGAGAAACAGCGAACCGAGGCCUGCCGCGAGUGUGGUCGUACUUGUUUGUGUUUCUGA